CAUUUAUUUGGUGUGGUGUAGUUUUACUCUACAAAUAAUCUCAAUUGAAGCACUAUAAUGGCAGGCAGAGGCCGAGGUAAAUCCGGCGGAACCCUCACACAGGAGCAACUACAAUCGCUAGGUGUAACGAGUAAAGAAAUUCAAGCCGUUACAUCCGCCGCUCCACCGCCAAUUUAUCCUCCUCUGAUGUCGAAGCCUGUACAAUUAGAGUCUAGUGUGGACCGGAACUAUAAGAUAUUGUGGAAGGAGGACUUUAUUUCAUACUUACGAGAGUCGGCAUACUUUACAACGAAGAAAUGCUCAAAAUUGCCCGUUCAGCGAUACUCCGAUAAAGUUAUUAACGUGAUAGAAAAUGACCCAAAAACAAAACGGGAUGGAGAUUUUCUCUGGAACUGCAUGCCCGCAGAGGUAAGGCCCAACUUUAAACGGAUUAAAACGGCCACAAGCACAGGCAAAACGAAGCGUGCUCGGACCGCCGCCGAUAUUGACGCCAAACUGCAGGCGCUGGAGCAGAAGGAAACCUCUUUCGAAAAAGCGGAUGUCGUGAAGAAGGAGAAGAGUGAGUCGGAAGACGAAAAAGACGACGAACAGGAGGACGAGAUGGCCGACGAAGAGAUGGAUGACGACAACGAUUACGGGAACAAUUACUUUGAUAAUGGUGAAGCAUACAACGACGAGGAUGACAAUCUGGACGAUGGCCCUAUUUAUUGA